AUGUUGGAUAAUGGAGGUGGCAAUAAUACAGUUCAUCACAGGACACACUCGUCUUCGAGUUUGAAAAACAAUGUUCUCUUGCGAAACGUCAAUUCACAAGGCACAUUCGUUUACUCAUCAUCUCCUAGCAAUGAGGGCACCCCAAUGCCACACAACACCCACCUCGAUCAGCCCUUGUCCAAAGCCACGACCACCCCACUUCUGAUCACCCAAACGACAGCGACCCCUCCAAAGCGGACCCUGUCCACUUUCGAUACGAUCAUAUUCACGAUCAAUCUCUCAAUACCUCUUGCAGUAUUAUUUCAACUAGUUAUACUUGGCUCAAAGUUCUUUAUCUGUACACAGAUUGAUGCGCGAUACUCCUCGGACACUGAUGCUGCAGCAUUCGCCACCUGUGACACUCUGGACAAAGUCGUGACCUCAAUGCUGUUGCUCAUCCAACCGCUACAGUUCAUUCUGUCGGCCAUCGCACUGGCAUUGAUAUUCUCACAGCGACGACUUCGUUCACUAUUUCAACAUACUAUACAACGUCAGACUGGCAUCCUCUCACUUGACAAUAACAACAAGGAGUCGUCAUCAGGCAGGUCAUCAACAUCAUCAACAUCAUCAACAUCAACAACAUCAACAUCACACGAGUCCAAUCAUGACUCUUCACAUGCCAUCGAUACUAUUAUACUAUGGACAACAGUAUCAGGCUUUAUUUACUCAUGUCUAAGCAAGUGGAUGAUAACUUCAUCCGCCGACUACAUCUUCAAUGAUGUCAUUAACAAUUUCUGCUCAUCAUUGGAGUUCAUCAUAUACGCAUUCUUCCUCAACUUUGAGGUUACAUCUUCUGCGAUGUCCAGGUUUAUACCUCGAUCAGUGGCGAUACAUGGUCGCAGCAGCUGGACGACCAAGCUGUACCUGUGUCUGACCUGUAGUUACCUGUUCCUCAUGUGCUACUCGCACAUCGUGCCACUGGCCAACAUUAUACAUCCGAACCUUCUGCGGCCUGACCAAGACCUGCACUUUCUCAAGAGCCUGGUCAAGUCAUCGCUCUACUUCCUGCAGAUCACAAUUCUGAUGAUGUACUACCACGAGAGACCGUCCUACCAACUGGCAUCACUGGUCAUCACUUCAUUCUUCUUCACAAUGACAAUCUUUGAUUGUUUCCACCUGUCGACCAAGCUGUUGGCGCCACUGGCAGCCGAGCGUCUGGUCAUCCGUCGAUGUAUCCGUGCCAUCACAUUGCUGAUACAACUGAUGGGCAUUGCCAUCGAUUUAUUCAACGAUUGUUUGGAGUAUCAUCGCCACUACAAUCAAAUGUUGAACAAGGUGGACAAGGUACUGCAAUCGAACAAGCAGUUGAUCAAACAAGAGGAUGCUCAUAAGAUGAAGGCCACCGAUGACAAGGUCUUCUUCAAGAACACAAUCAAUCAGAUAAAGAAGACUUUGGCAACAGCCAACUCAAAUAUGGGCUUCCUCAAUGACGCUGAUGUCCAAUCACAUCAAGUGCCAUACUUGGUCAAGAUGUCAGAGUCGUUUGAACAUCUUAGUCUGAUCACAAAGGAGUGUUUGUACUUUGAUGAGCUCCAGACGCUCAACAACAAUGACAUUGAACGCACCAGCUUUAACUUAGAGUGUUUGUUGGAGGAUGUGAUUGCCAAUCCAUCGAUUCGUAGCUACUUUGAGAAGAAGGACUUGGACCUUUGUUACCUGCUUCAGCCCGGUGUACCCCUCAACCUCCUUGGCGACCCAUCUAAGCUAAAGAACAUCCUCCUAAGGCUACUCAACAACUCACUAAAGGCAACAUUCAAUGGAGAGAUUGUGAUCAGAGUUAGCUCAACAACCAGGUCUAAUGGUGGUGGAAAUGCAGCGAAUGAGAUCAACUUGACAUUCACCAUUAUUGACACUGGAGUUGGAAUAGAUCCAGAGGCGAUCCCCCUUCUGUUUGAACCAUAUGCACUCACUAAGCAAGGUUACGAAGAGUUCAGAGUCGGCCUCGGUCUUGGAAUAUGUAGUCAGUUGUCCAAGCUACUUGGUGGCACACUCAAGUACGACCCGAAUAAUCAGUUGAGUGCGCCAGGUGAUGGACGUGGCGCAUGCGGUUCAAUAUUCACUCUGGAUGUACCACUGGAGAUACAAGCCAAGUCUUCGAUGCACACAACCCCAACCAAGCCAGCAUCACAUCAGCCCGCCACCACCAAUGUCCUAGUGAUCGAUGACAAUCCCAACAUCAACUCUGCGAUCGAGAUGCACUUGGAGCCACAAGGACUGGCAGUAACCAAGGCUCACACAUUCGCCCAAGGCCUAUCACUUCUCAAGUCUGGCAAUGAUUAUAACAUAGUCUUCAUUGACUCUAUGAUACCCAACCUAAACAUUGAUCUCAUCAGACAAACUAAGCAACAGGACCCAACAAAGAGUCCCUACUCACACAGGACUUCACCUAAUAUGAAGCCUUUGAAGAAAGAGCAACUACUCACGAUUAUAAACUCCCUAAAGUCUACAUCUCCCUUUGUUCUAUCACAUUAUUCACCUUUGUUGUCAACUCCUACGACAUCGACUUGCACGCCAACAACUUCUUCUGGCUCAUCGUCGACAUACCAGAGAAGGACACCGCCUACACUUCUCAAACAGAACAGCGCACCAAAGUUAACAUAUCAGCCGUUGACCCCUAUCCGAUCGUCGUCAUUCAAGACAAUCUACUCCAACGCCUCGUCCAACGCCUCUACUCCCUUGCUCCAGUCCCCCUGUGUCAAGUUUGAGACUCCAACCAACUCUGGAUGCGGCGAGCAAUACUAUACAGUGACUGGCAUCACCUCACCAGAGUCGGCUUCUACCUCACCAAUGCAGUCACCCAAGCUCAAGCACAAGGGAGCCGAGGUACACGUAAUCGCGCCUCUUGAGCUAUACACACCGGCCAAGGAGGAGACAACACCUCUCCAUCAGAUAGUUCCAACUUCCAUCAAUCCAGACUUUGCUGCCGAGCAAGCUGCUUUGGAGUCCGAUCAUCAACAGCAGCAACAGCAACAGACUGUCGUACCCCAACAACAACAACAAACAGCAGCGGAGACCAUGCCAGUGGACAUGGAGAAGGGAGAUGCAGUGGCCAGUGCCAUUGACACAUCAGUCCAUCAACAAGAGUACAUGGAUGGCAAGAGGCAACAGAGUCAGAUGAGCACAUCCAAACAUAUUCGCACACCAAGCACAAGCACAAGCACUGGUACAAGCGCUGCGAUCAGCAACAUCCGUAUUUUGUUGGUGGAGGACAAUCAGUUCAAUGCUCGUAUCGCCACUACGGUGCUUCAGAAGCAUUCAUUCCGCGUCGAUCUCAAGACCAAUGGACAGGUAGCAUUGGAGCAUAUCAAAGGAUCACACUCGAUGUACGACCUUAUCCUGAUGGACAUUCACAUGCCAGUGAUGGAUGGCAUUACCUGUACCAGGAUGAUUCGUCGGUUCGAGAGCGAGCAGGGCUUUAGGAAGAUACCAAUCAUCGCACUCACCGCUGACAACACAUCCGGUCACAAGAACACCUGCUUAGAUGCAGGUUGCAACGAGUACAUCUCCAAGCCAUUGGACUAUCCCAUUCUAAUCAGUGUUCUCAAGAAGUUAUUGGACAACUCUGCCAUUGUUUCCAGCACCCCAUCUGGAGCUGCCACAACAUCUUCCAAUGAAGCUGCCUAG